AUGCAAACUAUUGAAAGAUAAAAAAUAGAUGAUAUGCUUAAUAAUAAUAUGGUUGACGAAGCUUUGAAUUAUAUUAAUGAUUCUUUAUAUUUGUGCCCUAAUUCUGCUUCUGCUUAAACCUUAACAUUAAAAGGUAAUUAUCUCUGAAAUUCUAAUAGGAAAAAUCUUAUUAAUCAAAAAGUUAUAUGAUGAAGCAAUCAUUAAUUUGAAUUAGGCAAUUCAAUUAAACCCAUUUAUAGAAGAAUCAUUUUAUCUUAGAUGUAAAUUUGUUUUAUAAUUUAAAGCAAAAUGGUUUAUAAAAAAAAAAUGUGGAAGGAAGCUCAUGAUGAUUGUGAACGUGCUCUUAAAUUAAAUCCCAAUUAUGCUUUGGCAUAUGCAGGAUUGGGUAUAAUGAUAAAUAAUAAUUAGGGAUAUUGAUGGUAAAAUAAAGUAAAAAUUAUGAUGGACUUUUUUUUUUAAAUAAGCUAUAGAAUUAGAUGAUAAUUGUUGCUUAGCUUAUUAUAAUUUAGGUUUUAAGGUUUUUUUAUUAUUUAGGGAAUCUAUAUUUACAUAUUGAUAAUUAUGAUCCGGGAUUAAGAAAUUUAAAUAAGGCUAUUUAAAUUGAUAAAAAAUUUGCUAAUGCUUAUGAAAAAAGAGGUUUCAAUUUAUGAUAUAUAUUAGGAAUGUUAUUUUGGAAAACAGGCUAUAAAGAUAAGGCACUAAAAGACUUUGACAAAUUAAUAGAAUUAAAACCAACAUCUUAUAAUGCAUAUGCUUGUAGAGGUAAACUAAUUAUUAAAUUACUUAGCAAUUUUAAACGAGAUUAUUGGAGAAGAUGAAAAGGCACUCAUUGAUUUUAAUAAAGUGAUUGAAUUGAAAUCUGAUUCUAUGAUGCUUUAUCAUCAAAGAGGUAGAUUAUUAAUGAAAGAACAUAGGACUUUUAAAAAUGAAGAGUUUGAAAAUAGAUGAAAAAGAAAUUACUUAAAUGUUAAACAAUAAAGCUUUUGAUUAGAAUUGUUGGAAAUAGUCUAAAUUAAGAAGUAAACUAAAAAAAUAUUAUAAAGAAAUUAUACUAGGAUAGCAAUAAAUUAUAAUGCAAACUAUUGAAGAUUUUAAUAAAGCUUUUGAAUUGAAUCCUGAAUUUCUUCAAGCUAAAUUUUGUAGAAGUAAUUGAUAUUUAAUACAUAGAUUUAUUAAAAGGAAUGAUUAAUGGUGAUAGAAUAAGUUUGAGUGGAUUUAUUGAAUUCCUUUAAAUAAAACCUAGUUUAUUUGAUAGUAUUAUUAAUAUUUAAUAAUAUUCUAGAAGUCGUUGAUUAAGAUCCUAAUUAAUCUGAAGAAGAUGAGAUUAGUAGUAAGUAUUUUAACAUAAUUAAAUAGUGUUAAAAUAUUAUUUUUGUGGAAUUAAAAAUUAGAAAUUAAAAGAUUCUGAAAAACCAAUUGAUAUCGAUUACAAAACUUUACUUUAAUAUUUUAGUUAAUGUAAUUAGAAGAAUUAUAUUAUAAGCACCUAUAGAAUAGAAGAUAAUUAAGUAAGAAAAAAUGAUAAAAGAAUUAAUCAAUAAGAUUGAAUUAGAUUCAAAUUCAGCUGAAUUGUAUAUAAAUAUAGGUAAUAUAUCACUAAUAAUAAGGAAAUUUAUAUAUGAAAUAAAGAAAUUAUGAAUUGGCACUUGAAAAUUUAAACAAAGGUAUUGAAUUGGAUCCAAAAUCUUUUUUAGCUUAUUUUAAGAGAGGUAUGAAUUAAUAGAAAANGAUUGGGUAUAAUGAUAAAUAAUAAUUAGGGAUAUUGAUGGUAAAAUAAAGUAAAAAUUAUGAUGGACUUUUUUUUUUAAAUAAGCUAUAGAAUUAGAUGAUAAUUGUUGCUUAGCUUAUUAUAAUUUAGGUUUUAAGGUUUUUUUAUUAUUUAGGGAAUCUAUAUUUACAUAUUGAUAAUUAUGAUCCGGGAUUAAGAAAUUUAAAUAAGGCUAUUUAAAUUGAUAAAAAAUUUGCUAAUGCUUAUGAAAAAAGAGGUUUCAAUUUAUGAUAUAUAUUAGGAAUGUUAUUUUGGAAAACAGGCUAUAAAGAUAAGGCACUAAAAGACUUUGACAAAUUAAUAGAAUUAAAACCAACAUCUUAUAAUGCAUAUGCUUGUAGAGGUAAACUAAUUAUUAAAUUACUUAGCAAUUUUAAACGAGAUUAUUGGAGAAGAUGAAAAGGCACUCAUUGAUUUUAAUAAAGUGAUUGAAUUGAAAUCUGAUUCUAUGAUGCUUUAUCAUCAAAGAGGUAGAUUAUUAAUGAAAGAACAUAGGACUUUUAAAAAUGAAGAGUUUGAAAAUAGAUGAAAAAGAAAUUACUUAAAUGUUAAACAAUAAAGCUUUUGAUUAGAAUUGUUGGAAAUAGUCUAAAUUAAGAAGUAAACUAAAAAAAUAUUAUAAAGAAAUUAUACUAGGAUAGCAAUAAAUUAUAAUGCAAACUAUUGAAGAUUUUAAUAAAGCUUUUGAAUUGAAUCCUGAAUUUCUUCAAGCUAAAUUUUGUAGAAGUAAUUGAUAUUUAAUACAUAGAUUUAUUAAAAGGAAUGAUUAAUGGUGAUAGAAUAAGUUUGAGUGGAUUUAUUGAAUUCCUUUAAAUAAAACCUAGUUUAUUUGAUAGUAUUAUUAAUAUUUAAUAAUAUUCUAGAAGUCGUUGAUUAAGAUCCUAAUUAAUCUGAAGAAGAUGAGAUUAGUAGUAAGUAUUUUAACAUAAUUAAAUAGUGUUAAAAUAUUAUUUUUGUGGAAUUAAAAAUUAGAAAUUAAAAGAUUCUGAAAAACCAAUUGAUAUCGAUUACAAAACUUUACUUUAAUAUUUUAGUUAAUGUAAUUAGAAGAAUUAUAUUAUAAGCACCUAUAGAAUAGAAGAUAAUUAAGUAAGAAAAAAUGAUAAAAGAAUUAAUCAAUAAGAUUGAAUUAGAUUCAAAUUCAGCUGAAUUGUAUAUAAAUAUAGGUAAUAUAUCACUAAUAAUAAGGAAAUUUAUAUAUGAAAUAAAGAAAUUAUGAAUUGGCACUUGAAAAUUUAAACAAAGGUAUUGAAUUGGAUCCAAAAUCUUUUUUAGCUUAUUUUAAGAGAGGUAUGAAUUAAUAGAAAACAUAUUAGCAAAACUGUUUAUUAAUUUGUAAUAUUAUUAUAAAUCUCUUCAAGAUUAUUAAGAAGCUCUUAAAAUAUUAGAGUUUGAUCAAGAAAAUCUUGAAAAAUAAGUAAAUAUGAAUUAAUAGGAUUAUUAAUCUAAAUCUUUAAAUAUAAUUAAAUUAGUGAAAAAUAUAUAGCAUGGGAUUACUUAAAUCAAAUUAUAAUUUAGAAAAGCAGAGAAAUUAAAUUAAUAAUAAACUUAGACUUCUUACGAUUUGUUGUCACUCUUAGAGUAAUAAGUUAAAUAAUAAUUGAGAGGAUAAUCAUCAUAAUUUAAUAAUAAUUAAGAUUAUCAUUAAAAUAAAAAAAAUUAUUUAAAAUAAAUUAAUGUAUAAAAUGAAUAAAUUAACAGUGAUUUAAAUAAUGUUCGAAAUUCAAAUUCUAAUUUAUAAGCACAUACAAAAAUCCAUGAUCAAGAAACUAAUAAUGAAAUUUUAUAAUUAGAAAUAUAAAAGGAAACUUCAACUAUUGAUUAUCAAGACUUAUUAAAAUAAUAAUAAAAUUUAUAUCAAAAUUAUAGAAUUUCAUUGGAUAGAUCAAUUUUUUAUUUAUUAAAAAAUUUUCCAGAUUUAUUUACAUUUAAUGAAUAAGAAUCUGAUCUUGAAGACAAUUAAAGAAGUUAAUUAGUUUUAGAAAAUGGAUUAUUAUUGGGUUUAGGAAGCUCUGGAUAAGUUUAUUAUACAGUUAAUCCAAAAACUAAUAAACCUGCUGCAUUAAAAGUAUAAUCAAAUUGCACUUUUGAUGAUAUAAUUUACAAAACUAUUGAAUGUAAAUUACAAUAUUCAAUUUCAUUAAAAUAUCCAGAAUCUAUUAUAGGAAUAUAAGGUAAAAUUAUAAUUAGAUAAAAUUCUUUCAAUAAUUAUAAUAUGUAUGCCUAUUUAGAUCUAGGUCUUGGUAGUUUAAGAUAUUUUAGAAAUAAAAUGGUUAGAUUUACAGAAUCAUAACUUGAUAAUAUAUAUAAUUCCAUAUUAGAUAGUAUAAUUAAACUACAUACUCUAAAUAUAUCUCAUGGAGAUAUUAAAUUGGAAAACAUCAUUAAUACAACAGAUAAUGGAUGGGUUUUGGGUGAUUUUGGCAGUGCAUAAGCUUAUUUAACUCCUUAUGGAAAUUAUCCAAUUGUUGGAACUAUGGCUUAUUUACCUAAAUAAAUCAGAAAAGCCAGAAAUAAUAAUCAUUAAUACUUUAAAAUGAAUUUAUUCAAAAAAGACAUUUAUGCAUUUCAAUUAGUAAUGCUAUAACUUAUAUUUUAUGAGGAGAAUUUUUAUAAGCUCCAAAAAAUACUAGAUGAAUAAUAAUAUAUUCAUCCAAAAAUUGAUCAAUUAUACAAUAAAGAUUUUAUUUCUAUAAAAGCUGAAUUUAUGAAAUUGAAAUUCGAAAGAAAAUAAUUAAUUAAAUAAUUAAUACCCAUCCAUGUUCAAGUCUAUUAAAAUUUUAAUUUAAAUUAUUAAUAUGAAGUUGAAUUAAAUUCAUACAUCUAUUUGAGUAAUUUUGCAAAAGAGAAAAAACUAAAUAAUUUUUUGUAUAUAUUACUAAAAUUAUAAAAUAUUGAAAAUCUUGAAAAUAGAGUGAUGCAAAUGAGAAUAGCCAAAAAAUUUUAUAGAAAGUAUACUCCUUUGAUAUCAGCUUAAGAGAUUUUUGAUGAGAUUGUAUUUGAGUAAUUAACAAAAUUAGAAUAUGAUAUAUACUUUGAUAUAUUUGAAAUAAAAGGAGCUAAAAUGUUACAAUUAAUGAUUUGUUAAGGUUAUUAAUAAGUAUAAAAAACAGAAAAUUACAGCCUAAAAUUAUAAGAGGCUGAGAUUCUUUAUGUAAUGGGUAAUUGGGAUGAUGCAAGAAUUAUCAUAAAUGGCAUUGACAAUGAAUUAGAAUUAGAUAAUGAUGAAUAAAUCUUAAAGUUAUGUUAUUUAAAAGCGAGAUUAAAUAAUUAAUGGAUAGAAGCAUUUGAGGAUAUCAUUACGUAUAUUAGAAAUUAUAAAGAGCCCUUUUAAAUGUUAAUUGAAUGGCAAUUUAUCAUAUUAGAUUCGCUUUGGAUUAAUAAGUCAUUAAGGUAAAUAAACAUAAUGUAUUUAAAAUAUUAAGUUUGGGAACCAGAAAAAAUUAAAAGAAAAUUAAAUUUAACAAAUUAUCUUCCUUAAUUAUUGUUUGACUUUAAUAGUUUUGAAAUAUUUAAAUAAUAAGAGGUUACAUUUCAUUCAUUCAUGGAAUAAAUGAGAUAGUUCAAUUAUGAUAAUUACUCUAUUUUUUUUUAAUUCUGGGCAUAUUGUGAAUUAUGUGAUUAUAAUUCUGAAAACUAUUAUGAUCUAAUCACAUUAUUUAUAAAUUUUAUAGAGGAUAAUUUAGAAGAAUAUUAUUUUAUUUGGAUUGCAUAUGAUUAGUUUGCUUAAUAUCUUACUUAUAUAAAAGAUUAUAAAUUGGCACAUUAAUAUUUUGAGAAAGCAUUAAAAAUAAUUUAAAAUGAUUGUCCUUUAAAUUAAUAUAAUGUUUAUUACCAUUUGUGGAGAUUAGAAUUUAAAGAAAAAUAAUAAUGUAAUUGGGAUAUUUUUGGUAUCAUAUUGAAGAUUUUAAUGAAAAUGCCAAAAACAAACUUAAAUGAUUAUCUUGAAAAAAUUUUAUUUGAUGAAUUAAACUCUUAAGUUAAAUUAUUUAAUUUUAAACUUGAUACAAAACCUUUAGUAUAGGAAAUAUUAUCAGAAGAAGAUAUCAGAACACUUAGUUUAAACUCAGAAUUAUAGAGAAGAUUUUUUUAAAAAAAUAUUAGUUUUUAAGAAUGUAUGUCUAUUAUUGAAGAAUUAUUUCCAUAAGUUUAUAUAAGAUCAGGAAAUAAACAUAAUUUUGAUGAUUUUUUAAUUUUUUCAUUUGCAAAUUUGACUAAAAUGAAAACUGAAAGUGAAUUUUUACAAAAACAGUUUUAAUAUCUUGUAAGAUUAUUGUAGUCAUUUACAAUAUUAUCAUCAAUUAAUCCAAAUAGCUAAAUUUUCUAAAAAUUAAUUAAUGAACAUAUUGAAUUUAAGUCUUACAUUUAAAAGUGUUUAUUCUUUUUUGAUGUAGAAAGGUCAGAAGAAGCAUUUAACAUGUACAAUUCUUAUUUGUAUCAUCAAAUAUACUAUUGA